AUGGCUACACUAGAGGCCAUCAAGUACAGGCGAAGCUCGCUAGAAAUCAUCAAUCAGCUCCUUCUUCCCUACGAAUCUGUGUUUGAAGAGAUCAAAAGUGUCGAAGAUGGACACACUGCAAUCAAGACAAUGAAGGUUCGAGGAGCGCCGGCUAUCGCUAUAGUGGCAGCCUUAUCCCUCGCUAUAGAGCUCCACGUACACACAGUCCACGCUGCUCAUUCACCCUUCGCGACUCCAUCGGCUGUUGUUGAAUAUGUGUUAAAUAAACUCGAAUACUUGAAAACAUCUCGGCCAACUGCAGUCAACCUGUUUGAUGCAGCUCGGAAACUUGCCGCUGUUGUUGAAACUAGUGCACAGCAAGCUGGCUUGAAUGUCGAAUCAAAAGAAGCAAGUCAAACUGUUGUUGAAGCUUAUAUCUCUGCUGCUGAAGCCAUGCUGCGACAUGAUGUCGAAGAUAAUCGAAACAUUGGUCGUUUUGGAGCUGAAUUUGUAUCAUCGCUAUAUCAACCAAACGCACAAAUCAAGCUCUUGACUCAUUGUAAUACUGGAAGUCUCGCUACAGCUGGUUGGGGCACUGCUUUGGGCAUUGUGCGAGACAUGCAUCAAUCGGGGCGAUUGAAUCAUGUAUUUUGCACCGAAACGAGGCCAUACAAUCAAGGAUCCCGAUUGACAGCCUAUGAGCUCGUCUAUGAAAAGAUACCAUCUACGCUGGUGACGGACAGCAUGGUGGGAGCCUUACUCAAAAAAGGUGGUAUCAGUGCUAUCGUUGUUGGUGCUGAUCGUGUCACUGCAAAUGGCGAUACAGCAAACAAAAUUGGAACAUAUCAACUAGCAUUAUUGGCUCACUAUCAUAAAGUGCCCUUCCUUGUUGCUGCUCCAUCUACAUCUAUCGAUCUAUCACUCGCAUCGGGCGAUUUGAUAACAAUUGAAGAGCGAGGUCCUGUUGAAGUCGUUACCAUUCGUGGUCAAGUCGUGGAAGAUAUUGCGGAUUUUAAAGAACCUCGAGAUGCAUCUGAAGGAGUCCCACCUAGUGUCACUAUUCGCAUUGCAGCUCCAGGCAUUGGCGUAUGGAAUCCUUCGUUUGAUGUUACUCCUGCCAGUUUGAUAACUGGUAUUGUGACGGAACGAGGAGUUGCCCAAAAGGCACCUGGGUCUGAUAUUUACGACUUGAAAACGUAUUUAUCACAAUCAAAAAUGUAG